AUGUUGUAUUUGGCCUUUACUCUCAUCGACCACGCCAAGAACUUCGACGAAGAGGAAGACCUGGGCUCAGAUUUCGAUGACGACGACGACGAUGACGAUGACGACAACGACGAUGGCGAUGACGAUGAAGACGAUGGAGCGUGCGAGGAGGAGGGAGAGAACCCCCCUACCCUCGAUGGGCAAGACACGGAGCUGCUGGAAGGGAAGGGGCCCGCCCCCGCACCCGGAAGCCCUCUGCGACAGGGACAUCGAGGUGGAGAGCACGAGGGCUUAGGCCCAGCGCCGCCAGUGUACGACGGGCCUCCGGCGGAGGGAAACAUGGACGACGCCUUUGGGCUCGAUCCCACCAGCGACGAGUUCCAGGCCGUUAAGCGCGAGAUGGAACGCCUGGAAAGGGUGCACGCCUCCCAGGUCCUCAGCAAGGAGAAGCAGGUCAAGAGGCUUAAGAGGGAGGUUCGAAGGGUCCGACAGGAGUCGGAAAUGGCGGUCAAUGAGAUGCAGCCGCAGCUCCAGAAGCUCGUGGAUCUGGUCAAAGAUUCCAAGGCCGAGGCUGCAGGGAUGGAGGAGCAGCUGUCCGCCGUAACCGAAGCUCUGCACGAAGAAAAGGAGGGGCACCGAGAGGAUGUCGAGGCCUUGCGGCAGCAGCUUGCCGAGGAGAGGACGGAAGGGGACGCCGAAAAGGAGGGGCUCCGUCAAACCCUGCAGAUGCUGCAGAGGGAGCUGGGGGACCAACAAGCGGCCUUGAUCGAGGCCAACCAGCGGCUGGAGCAAGCGCUGUCCAGGAGCACCGAGAGCGAGCGGAUCUCGGCCGAGCUGGGCCUGGAGGUGCAACAGCUGAGGGAGCGUCUCUCCGAGGCGUUGGACGAGGCCGCCGUCGCCGGCAACAAGGAGGCCCCCGAUAACGCCUCCGCUGCCGUCGGCGGCGGCGGGGGCGGCGGUGGCGGCACCGGAGACAGUGACACGGGCAGUGCUACCGCCCAAGACAGCGCCGAUGAUUCCGACGCCAGAACCGCCCCCGAAGACGCCGCCGCCAUCGAUGGCCUCAAGAGAGAUCUGGAGCAGGCCUCCCGUCGGCUCCAGGAUAACGCUUCCACUCUUGAGGAACAACGGGAGCGGUGCGCCGAGCUCCAGACCAGUCUCGCCGCCGAGCGGACCAUCUCCCAGGAGCUCCGCCAGGGCUCGCAGGCGCUGCUUGCCAGGGCGGAGGGCGCCGAGAGGGCGGAGGGGGAGGCGAUGGCGGCGGCGGAGGCGGAGGCUAGGCGGGCGGCGGAGGUAAGGGAGGCGGCGGAGCUGGCGGACGCCGAGCUGUCCCGCCUGCGCGGGCGCGCUGCGGAAUGGGAGGAGGAGGAGAGACGGGCGGCGGAGCUCAAGGGCACGCUCGAGUCCACGAGGGACGCGCUGGAUGAGCUGAGGGUGUCAGCGGGCGAGGCUGAAGCCACCGCCGAGCGUCGACUGAGAGAGCUCCAGGGACUCCUGCAGGAGGCGUGUUCGGAAAGGGAUCAGUACCGGGAGUACGCCGAGUCCGGCUCCGAAGCGCUGGCAGAGAAACUGCGCUCCAUGGAGGCCCAGCACAUGAAGAGCAUGGACGAAGCGGUAUCGCGAGCGGAGACCGCCGAAUCUGAGACGGAAACCGUAAGGGAGGCCAUGUCCCAAGCCAGGAUACAGGCCGAGGCCGCCGAAUCAGAGAUUAAAACCCUAAAAGAGGCCACGGCGCAAGUAACCGGGCGGGCGGAGACAGCCAAAUCAGAGAUGGAAACCCUAAGGGAGGCGAUGUCGCAAGCAACGGGGAGGGCGGAGACUGCCGAAUCAGAGUUGGAAACCCUAAGGGAGGAGGUGUCUCGAGUAACGGAGAGGGCAGAGACUGCCGAGUCAGAGUUGGAAGCCCUCAGGGAGGCUAUGUCUCAAGCAACGGGGAGGGCAGAGACUGCCGAAUCGGAGGCGGAAACCCUGAGGGAGGCUGUCUCGCAAGCAACUGGGGGGACGGAGACUGCCGAAUCAGAGUUGGAAACCCUAAGGGAGGAGGUGUCUCGAGUAACGGAGAGGGCAGAGACUGCCGAAUCGGAGGCGGAAACCCUGAGGGAGGCUGUCUCGCAAGCAACUGGGGGGACGGAGACUGCCGAGUCGGAGAUGGAAACCCUCAGGGAGGCCGUGUCGCAAGCGGAGCAGCGGGCGGAUGCGGCGGAAUCGAAGAUCGAAACCCUUGAUGAGGCGUUGGCUCAAGCAAGGGGGCGGGCGGAAGCGGCGGAGGCUGCGGCUGGCGGGGUUGGCGAAGCGGAGGUGCGGGUAUCGGGGAUGAAGGAGGAGAAUCGGGCACUGGAGGAACGGCUGGCUCGCCAGGAAGCAGCAUUGUCGCAGGCGAAGGGUGAGGCGGAGGCUCAGGAAGCGGAAAAAUCUUCGCUAGCGGUCGCUGUAAGGUCUCUUGAAACGGAAAGGGACAACCUGAGGGCCGAGGUCGCCAAGGCUGAACGACUCGCCGCAGAGCUGGCGGCCGCCUACAAGGAAGAACAGCUCAAGAUUUCCCAAAACACGGACCAGGACACAACUCCCGAAAGCGGCACCCCGCUGGUGACGACAACAACGGAUUCCGAGCAGGACACGGCCGCUGCGACCGCACUAGUCGCCGACCUCCGCACGAAACUCCAGCAAGUGACGGUGGCGCACGAGGAGGCGCAAGCGGGGUUGCGGGAAGAGGUUGUCGAGGCGGCGACGAGCCUGGAGAAGGCGGAGGCGGCACUGCAAGUGAAGACGCACGCUUUGGAAGAAACUCGGCAAAAUCUGGAAGAAUCUCAGCGGGAUCUGGAAGAAACCCGACAAAAUCUGAAAGAAUCCCGUCAGGAUCUGGAAGAAUCCCGGCAAAAUCUGGAAGAAACCCGACAGGACUUGGAAGAGACGAGCGCGAAGCUGGAGGAGACGGAAGCGGCCCGCGCCGAGUUAGAUCUCGAGGUUUCGACAAGAGCCGCGCAAGUGCAAGCGGCCGCGGCGAGCCGCGAGGCUGCGGAGACGGCCCUCGGCCUAGCCGAGGAAGCAGCGGCCGCUGGCCGGGCGGAGCUGGGAGCGGAGCUAAGCUCCGCCCUGGAGUCUCUGGGCGAGGCGCGGCGGGAGUUGGACGAGGCCAGGCGGGAGGAAGGGGAGGCCCGGACCGCCGUCGCCACGGCGGAGGAGCGGGCGAGGGAGGCCGGCGGCAAGCUGGAAGACGAGCGCGCUCGCGCGGAGGCGGCGCUGAGGGAGGUGGAAGAGCUGCGGGCGGUGCUAGAGGAGACGGGCAGGGAGGGCGAGGCGGCGGCCGGGGCGAGGGCGGAGGCGGAGGAGCUGCAGGGGCAGCUGGAGGGCACCCGGAAGGAACUGCGCGAAGUGGAGGAAGCCCUGUCUUCACAGACGUCCAAGACCGAGGACGCCCUCGCCCGAUUGUCAUCGAUGGAGCAAGAGCUCGCCUUGAUGGAGCAGGCUCUCGGGGAGGCGAGGGGGGCGGCGGCGGCGGCGGCAGCGGCGGAGGCCGAAGCCGACGAGGAGACGGCGGCGGCGACCUCUGCCCUCCGAGAGGAGAUGAUGUUGGCGCUGGAACAGGCGGAGGAGGAGUCUUCGGAGUUGCGACAUCAGAUCAACGCCGCCGAGGCGACGAUCGCGGACAUGGACGCCACCCGAGCCGCCGCCAACGAGGAGACCGCCGCUCUCAGGGCAGAGCUAGCCGCGGCCGCCGAGCAAGCCACGCAGGCGGCGGCAGCGGCGGCGCAAGCGGCGAGGGUGGAGGCGGAGGCGGAGCUCUCGGCGGCGCAGGAGAUGCUGCGGCGGGAGCUGGUAGCGGAGAGAGAGGCGGCGCUGGGCGCGGAGCGGCGGGAGGGCGCGGAACGCGUGGCGGCGGUAGAGAGGGAGGUGGAGGGCCUGCGCGUCAAGCUGUCCGAGUCGGAGAAAGAGCACGCACAGAACCUCGCGGCUGCCGCCGCCGCCCACGAGCGAUCCGCGCUGGCUCUGUCGGAGACGCGGGGCGCUCUGUCUGAGGCAGAGGGGGUGGCACAAGUGGCGGCCUGGGAGAGCAAGUCCCUCCGCGAGGAGCUGGAGGGUCUCCGGGAACGUUCCGAGGAACUGUCGUCGGAGCUGGAGGCGGCGCGGGCGAGGGAGGCAGCGGCGACGCGGACUGCGAGGGAGGGGGUCGGGGCGGAGAUCGAGGGGCUCCGUCGGGCGGUCGGCACGGCGGAGGCCGGGAGGGAGCAGGCGGAGGAGGGCCUGGCCCGCCUCAAGGACAAAAAGAAGAGGGACCUGCAGGAAGUACGGCGACUGAACGAACGCAUGAUGGAGCUGCAGCAGGCUCGCCGCGAAGAGGUCUCUGAUCUCGAGGGCUCGCUGCAGGAGCUGAGGGCCAAGACGGGCGAGUUAGGCCACGCCCUUGCGAAGGCGCUGAGCGAGAAAGACCACUUGCAACAGGCUGCCACCGCCGCCGCCGCCGCCGCCGCCGCCGCCGCCGCCGCUGCUACCGGUGGUGGCGACAAGUCCCAGUCAUCGUCGUCGUCCCCCAUACCAUCCGAGGGCACUAUUCCGGUACCCGCGGGCGACCCCAACCCUCGCCCUCAAGAACCCCGGCAGGAGGAACAACACCAAUGCGGUGGUGCGCGCGAGGAAAUGGUGAGGGUAGGGGAGGGCUUAAGAUCGGAGGAGCGCGGCGGUGACCAGCGCCGUGACGAGCGAGAGAAGGAGUUGUCGCUGCUGCGGAAGCUUGUCGAGAAGCUGCAGCGGGAGGUGGAGGGGCUCAAGUCUGACCUUGAGGAGGAGUCUACCGGUCGAAGUCAAGCCGAAGACGCGAAAGAUGUCUCGACGGCCGCUCUCGGCAGGGCUAACGCAAGGAUCGCCGAGCUCACGUCCAAGUCUGCUCAGCUGACCAGAGCACGCUCGGCGAUGGUGGCUCAGAUCAAUGCUCUUGAAGAGCAGUUGAACUCCGCCGCACUCAAACAGGCCGCCGCGGCCACCGUGGGGCGAGCCGUCGAGACUAACACGACGGACAGCGGCUCCGUUGCCGGCUUCUCAACGCCCUUGCGAGAUUUGUCCGAGGGGCCGCCUCCGAGCCAACCGCCGAUGAGCGCCGACCCUCCCAUGCGGCAACGCCAGCGGCAUCGCCUGAGCGGGGCGGGCCUUAGCAGCGGCAACUUGGACUUAGAAGACGGGGGUGGAUACUUUGACGAGGAUGAAAACAAGGCACAGGCCAAGCCCGGUGACCACAUCAAGUCCCUCCUCAUCUCCUGCGCUUCGAGCCCGGUGGGAGCGGCCAUCUCCGAAAGGCUGCCCGGGCUAGUGACCUGGUUGCACCAACAGCCCCCACAGACGUUGUGGACCGCAGCAAUUGCCUACCUGGCACUGGUUCACCUGCUGGCGGGGUACAAGACAAUAACCUGCUGAACUGAACCAAACUCAGCCUGACUACAGCUGUAUCCUCGUGCGGUUCGGUUGUUGUUUGCCGGUGGUACCAUUGGUAGAUAAAAACGCAGGUAGCGCCCUCGGUGUCGUCGGCUUGUUGCUCGAUGGAUGAGUGGUCUUGUGUACGGGGUAGUCAGGUAUCGAACUAUCAUUACGUCGUGGCUGGUGCGACGGUGCGUUGGCUCUGGCUUGUCCUCGAUGGGUUCCCGCGUAAGGCAUGUACCCCCCGGGUGCGACGAGCUGGGCUAGGAAUACCACGGGAGGCUGGUCGUCGAGCUGCUGCACCCACUGAGUUUUUCGCCCCCCUCUACAUUUAUCGCGUGCUGCGGCGGGAACUAGACUAUCGCAGCCGCACGAAUGCCUAAGACGUUGAGGUUCUGCUGUAGCAGUGGUGAUACUCUCGUUUUUUUGCUGCUAUUUGGGAACGAACGCAGCCGCGAGGUGAACUGGGGCAGCCUGCCGGAAAACGCCUCAUUACAUUCGCGCUAGUGGUUGCAGAAGGCCGCGCUUGCAUCGUGCAAGGCAUACAAAACACUUUGUCGCGUGCUGGUGAACCACACCCUGGCGUUCUACAUGUAGUCUAUGAGUUUUUAUCGUGGGUCGCCUCUGUUUCUCGCUUCGUGCGUGUGGGGGAUGUGUUGUUCGAAAGGUGAAUAUAACGAGGCCGUAGUAGUCGAGAGCAUGGAGCGUGGGCCGUUUUCAGUUGCGCUAGGGUAGUAGUGCCCCUAUGGCGUCUUUGACGCCGAGGAGGAUUUGGUACAACCACGGUGAGCGGCCUGCAGCUUGUACGUGCUCCAUAAAGAAUUGAUUAGCCUGCUGACAAGCUUAGUGUCCGGCGAUGUUUUUCGAUCGGUGAACAACGUUUCCAUUUGGUGAAUAGCCUUCCGCCUUUUCUAUGUCGACGCCCAAUAUCAAGAGGUUUACAAUCUGGUUUCUCGUUUGGUUGCUCAUCUGGGAAUGACAUCUAUUUUGAAAACAAGUCGAGAACGGCCUCAACCUUCUCUCUCACCUCUGGUGGAUUUUUUUUUUUUCAGUGAAGCGUUGUCGUUAUUGUUGCUAGAGGGUGUAUGGGUUUACGUUUUCAUGGUGGAUAUAACCGGGGUCUUUGCAACCCAUGACGGUUUUCGAUACGAGACGAAUCCAGCGGGGGGAUGCUCGUGCGUGCGCCUGCUGAAAGCUGUUUCUUCAUGACUGAACGUAUGGGGAGUUGGGUCAAGAGUAAUGCUCCGCACCCAGCUACACAACCUAACUUUGGGAGGUUAGUAGGUGCUGUGUGUGGGAGCGGGGGCGAAAGGGCGGGGCAGUCUCCUGUGAUCGUUUUCUUCUCCUCGUAUACGAACAAGCGUUGUGAUCCGACUGGCGUUGUUGUUUUCUCUGUGUAUCGGCUUUAAAACGAGACUCGAAAAAGCUCCAGUUUCAUUCAACAGGUGUCCCCCAACCCUCGUUGGCACUCCUCUAGGCCGUACUUGGUUCCAGCUCCAAUCCAAACCCCUAUCCCUACCUGCAUUUUCAGUACCCUCCUUCUCCACACACACACACACACAUACACGGCCCCCGCCGAACAGGAUGCUUGCACCCAUCGCGACGAUUCAAUUACCCUUCGAGUAUCUCGUGGCCUGAUACUACUAAAUACGUGCCUGCCGAGCACAAAAUUAGCGGCCUUCCUUUCAAUCAUCAUGGCAGAAGCGUGCAUGACAGCUGUUGCUUAAGCCAUACACCCCGUACCGUCGUGUGCCUCGUGCACGCCUCCCAACUAGAACAAGAGGCAGUUCGCACCCUACUGCUGUACCGAUAUAGCGCUCUCAAGAAUAAAUGCCGAAUUCCAACAAUGACGGAUGCAUCCAUACUUGUUCUCGAGCCGUUUCCCCGAUUUCCAAACUUCAACAACUGUCACUUCAUAUGGAUACUCCACAGCUUUUGUUCCUGGCUGGGUGUCCUACGGCUUCCGAACCAACAAAUAAAUAACAAAUAUACUCUGUUGUAGCUACCGUCCACCAACACUUUAAAUAUUCGUCCUUCAGCUCUUCACACACAUGUCAACAUGUCAAGAGCACGUCAA